UCAAACAUGUCUGCGCUCGGGACUCUCACGCUUUUGUCUUUUAGAAACACAAACUCCGCUUUUACCGUAAAAUAACGCGUGAUCCCGGCGCGUGCGUGAGAGCCGCGGGUGUCACGGAGCCGAGCAGCACUUUGUAACGUCACACGGUGUUUUGACAGUUUCGUAGUUCGCUCCGCGGCUGAAGCUAACGCUGUGAACAUGAUUCUGCCUGCGCUGCUGCGGAGCGCGGCGCGCGCGGCGGAACCGCAGAUUUUCUCAAGUUUUUCACGAUUUAAAAUCCACAGACGCAAAGUGUCCGGAUCCGGUGUGAACAGAGCGACACGAACCAAGAGGAUGAAAACAAAACACUUCAGCACUUCAAGACUCAUGAGCUCCCAGACCAACAAGGAGUCUGUGGACCUGUCUGUGUUUCCCGUCGACAGAAUCAGGAACUUCUGCAUCAUCGCUCACAUCGACCACGGAAAGAGCACGCUGGCCGACCGACUCCUGGAGAUCACAGGGGCGAUUUCUGCCACAGAGAAAAACCGUCAGGUGUUGGAUCAGCUGCAGGUGGAGCGAGAGCGCGGCAUCACCGUGAAGGCCCAGACCGCCUCCCUGUUCUACCACCACCAGGGGGCGCCACACCUGCUCAACCUCAUCGACACACCGGGUCACGUGGACUUCAGUUACGAGGUUUCUCGCUCCAUCUCGGCCUGUCAGGGAGUUCUGCUCAUCGUGGACGCAAACCAGGGCGUCCAGGCUCAGACUGUGGCCAACUUUUAUCUGGCGUUUGAGGCUCAGCUCACAGUCAUCCCCGUCAUUAACAAGAUCGAUCUGAAGAACGCAGAUCCAGAACGAGUGGAGGCUCAGAUCGAGAAAGUGUUCGACAUCCCAAGAGACCAGUGCAUCAGAGUUCCGGAGCAGAGGGGCCGGACCCGCGCUCACCUGUCACGGGCCUCACCUGUCAGGGCUCACCUGUCACCGGCCUCACCUGUCAGGGGCUCACCUGUCAGGGGCUCACCUGUCACGGGCUCCGGGGGCAGCUCGGACCGACGGCUCUUGGACGAGAACGAAGACUUGACCGGAGCCGGGAAAAAACCCCGCAAAAACAACGCCACGGCCAAAACCUCACACAGCAAAAUCCACGAGAGGUUCACUGUGAGCUCCGUGUCUGCACACCACCAGAGGACUGCACACCACCAGAGGACUGCACAGCGUCUUCCCCAAACCGAAGAGCGCGGACACGGGGAAGCUGGUGGAGGCCAAGCUGGUGGAGGCCAAGCUGGUGGAGGCCAAGCUGGUGGAGGCCAAGCUGGUGGAGGCCAGCUGGUGGAGGCCAAGCUGGUGGAGGCCAAGCUGGUGGAGGCCAAGCUGGUGGAGGCCAAGCUGGUGGAGGCGCUGUAG